AUGUCAUCAUUCUCAGGCGAUUUUCUUAUGAACCAAGUUCCUUGGUUUAGUGAAAAAAAUGUUAUAGCUGGCCUUUUGGCUGGAUUUUUUGGAGGUUUAGCACUUGGUUGGCUAUUUAGCUCAUCUGUAUUUGUUAGUAGUACUGUAAAAGUUGUUUCGAAUGCAUUUGAUUCUGGUAGAGAUGAACGUGAUGAUGAAACAAGUUUCGAACCAGGUUGUUCCGAUGCCGAAGGAGAAUAUAAAAUGGUACUUGUAGUAAGAAAUGAUUUGAAAAUGGGAAAAGGAAAAGUAGCAGCACAAUGUUCGCAUGCAACACUUGGUUGUUUUCAAAAAGCAUGUGAACAAGUACCUGAUGCUGUUGAUACAUGGUUUUCUUGUGGACAAGCAAAAGUUGUUUGUAAAUGUGAAUCAGCUGAUGAUUUAGAAAAUUUACGACUUCAAGCUAAACGUAAAGGUUUAACAACUUGUCUGAUACGAGAUGCAGGUCGUACACAGAUUGAACCCGGUAGUAAAACAGUACUUGGAAUUGGACCAGCACCUUCGAAAUUAAUCAAUGAGAUAACCCGUCAUUUAAAAUUAUAUUGA